AUGCGCGACCGAAUCGAGGGUCUCUCGAUCACGUUCGACUUGCUUUCGGUGCUUCUGAGGUCCUGCUUAGUACCUUUGCCUCUCGGAUUCGAUCGGCCUUCUCUCGAAAGCGACUUCAAGGCUUGGCUCGCUGAGUGGAAAGAGAUGUGGCAUACUACCGCUCAGCAUCUCUUGAAUGUUCUUGACGGCUUCCAGGACGCACAUCAAGGACAAACCUUGGAUUAG